AUGGCCUACGAAAAUGACGAAUUGCUAGACUUGGCCUUAACUAGAAUCCCUUUGGAUCAAAUUUAUGGGGCCGCAGAAGAAAAGUUUAAAAAGGAUCCAACUUGGGGAGAACAUGAUUAUUGCAUUCAAGAACUUGUUGUUCCUAUUUGUGAUAUUUGUGGAGGAGAAACACAAGCAAUUGGAGCACAAGCGCCAACAGAAGAAGAAGCAAAAUACAAAGCAUCAGUGGUAGAAGUAUACAGGUGUUCAACAUGUUCUGCUAUUGUUAGAUUUCCUAGAUAUGGAAGUGUAAGAAAACUUCUUGAUACACGUAAGGGGCGCUGUGGCGAAUUUGCUAAUUGUUUUACAUUCCUAUGCCGUGCGAUGGGAUCUAGAGUCCGUUGGGUUUGGAAUAAAGAAGAUCAUGUAUGGACAGAAGUUUACUCGGAACAACAAAAACGAUGGGUUCAUUAUGAUCCUUCGGAAGGAAUUUUUGACAAGCCAUUGGUAUAUACAGAUGGUUGGGGGAAAAAGAUGUCUUAUUGCAUUGGAUUUUCAAAUGAAGGUGCUUGCGAUGUUACUCGAAGAUACGUUCGUGAUCCAGCUAAAGCUCUUCCCCGGAAUCAAUGUAAAGAAAACGGUUUGGUAUGGGCUCUGAAACUUAUCACGAAUCGUCGUAGAGAAAACCUAGGACUGAGCCCAGACGAUUUAAAAAGGUUAGAUGAUGAAGAGAUUGCUGAACAAAAAGAGUUGCAAAGCUAUGUCUCCAAAUCUGACGCUACACCUACUGAUCCUAACUUGGGUCCGCGCGAAAGCGGUGCUGGUGAAUGGACCCAUAACAGAGGCGAAGACGGAUCCGGAACCAGAUAA